GCCCGACGCGGGGCUUGAACCCCCGAACCAUGACAUCACGACCUGAGCCGAAAUCAAGAACCGGGUGCUUAACCGACUGAGCCACCCAGGCGCCCGGGGUGUUGCAUUUAAAAAUAUACAUCUGAGUUUGCACAUGAAGAUUCACAUCACAUGCCUACACCUAUCCAAGAAAAGUGACCUUAUAAAAGAAAUACAGCACAGUGUUAGCGGGGCGAUGAAAUUUGGGGGGGGGGGAGUAUUUUCCCAUGCCCUUCUGUGUAUUUUCUGGGUUUUCACAUGUUCCUCAACGAAUAUUUCGUAAAAGAUAACAGUGAAAAAGGAAAGUUGUUUUUUGUGGUGUGUGUGUGUGGGGGGGUGUUAUUAUUAUUUUUUUAAAGGAACAAGUUAGGAACCAUUCCCAUAACUGGAUUAUUCCAGUAGACCUAAUAAACCCAGGUUACCAGAAAUGAUUCUUUGGCCAUCCCACUCCAAAACGGAACAGUUGGGUGUCCCUGCCAACAUUUCCCAAGAGAGGGGAGGAGUUCUCUGCAGGGAUAAAUGUGUCAGCACCCACGAAAACCCAGCACUCCGGGCGGGUGGCUUUGGGAUCCGCCGACUACAUCCAGCUCAGAGGCAGAGUUGAGGGCAGUUGGAAUGUCACCCCUCUUGGCUUUGGGGCUCCUGGUGGCUGGGCUCUGCCCCACUGUCCGCUGCCUCCUGGGGGGCAGGCUUGGCCCCGAGAUAGCCACCCAGGAGGUGCAACACACUGGGCCGCCCUUGGACAGCCUCCGAUUGGCCUCCAGCAACACCGCCUUCACCUUCAGCCUCUACAAGCGGUUGGUUUCAAAGACCCCCAAUAAGAACGUCAUCUUCUCCCCGCUGAGCAUCUCCACCGCCUUGGCUUUCCUCUCCCUGGGGGCCCGCGGCACCACCCUCACGGAGAUCCUCGAAGGCCUCAAGUUCAACCUCACGGAGACCCCCGACACGGAAAUCCACCGGGGCUUCCGGCACCUUCUGCAGAGCCUCAGCCGGCCCAGCGACGAGCUAGAGCUGAGCGUGGGCAACGCCAUAUUUGUCAGCGAGGGGCUGAAACUGCUGAAGAAGUUCAGGGAAGAUGCCAGGGCGCUCUACGCCUCCGAGGCCUUCUCCACCGACUUCCAGGACUCGGCUGCCGCCGAGAAGCUUAUCAACGACUUCGUGAAGAAUAGGACCCAGGGGAAAAUUGUGGACUUGGUCAAGGACCUUGACCUGCACACAGCAAUGGUCCUGGUGAACUACAUCUUCCUUAAAGCCAAAUGGAAGACGCCCUUCGACCCCCACAAUACGUUCGAGGCGAAGUUCCACGUGAGCAAGAGGAGGAGGGUGACGGUGCCCAUGAUGGACCUCGAGGACGUGGAGGUGCCUUACUUCCGGGACGAGCGGCUGGCCUGCACCGUCGUGGAGCUCCAGUACGCCAGCAACGACAGCGCGCUCUUUGUUCUCCCCGACCAGGGCAGGAUGGAGGCCGUGGAGGCCGUGCUGCAACCAGAGACGCUGAGGGGGUGGAGACACUCACUGCGGCUGAGGUGGAUAGACAACCUGUACCUGCCCAAGUUUUCCAUCUCCAGCAGCUAUAAUCUGGAAGCCAUACUCCCCCAGCUGGGCGUGACGAAAGUCUUCACCAACCAGGCCGACCUGUCGGGAAUCACGGGGGAGAGGAACCUGGCAGUUUCCCAGGUGGUCCACAAGACCGUGCUCGACGUGACCGAGGUGGGCACGGAAGCAGCGGCGGCCACGGGAAGCAAAAUUAUGUUGAUGUCUGGAAAAAUUGGCCCACUGACCACUGUGAGUUUCAACAGACCGUUUCUGCUGUCCGUACUCAGCAAAGACACCCAGGACAUCCUCUUUUGGGGCAAGGUCGCCAACCCCAAUCAAGCCUAGGGCCCCCCCUCUGAGGUGCCGGGCGCCCGGGUCUCCUCCAGACGCAGCCUGGCCUCUGCGCACCAAGGAGCCACAUGCCAGGCCCUGCCUGGCUCAUCCUUUAGACGGUGACAGUGACUCUGCCUCGUGGCUUCCACCUGCACAGGGAGCCUGUGGACUUUUUGAUCGGAGGCUCUGAGGCCUCCAGACAGCAAUAAACCACCUUUCUCGGA